CCCCGCGGGCGGCUCCCGGGACUCUUAACGCGCCCGCGAGCGGCCUCGGGCCUCGGCCGCUGCUUGCAGCUCCGCAGCCCUACGUCUUAGCUUCCCCGUCUGCGUCCUCUGCCUCGCCACCCGCCCGUUCGCCCGGCCGCGCCAUGGAGGCCUACCAUAAGCCUGAUCAGCAGAAGCUGCAGGCCCUGAAGGACACGGCCAACCGCCUGCGUAUCAGCUCCAUCCAAGCCACCACGGCGGCCGGAUCGGGCCACCCCACGUCAUGCUGCAGCGCUGCUGAGAUCAUGGCUGUCCUCUUCUUCCACACCAUGCGCUACAAGGCCCUGGAUCCCCGGAACCCUCACAACGACCGCUUUGUUCUCUCCAAGGGCCACGCUGCGCCCAUCCUGUAUGCCGUCUGGGCUGAAGCCGGCUUCCUGCCGGAGUCAGAGCUGCUGAACCUGAGGAAGGUCAGCUCCGACUUGGACGGGCACCCUGUCCCGAAACAAGCUUUCACCGAUGUGGCCACUGGCUCCCUGGGCCAGGGCCUUGGAGCCGCUUGCGGGAUGGCCUACACGGGCAAAUACUUCGACAAAGCCAGCUACCGGGUCUACUGCCUGCUGGGAGACGGGGAGCUGUCAGAGGGCUCCGUGUGGGAGGCCAUGGCCUUCGCCAGCAUCUACAAGCUGGACAACCUUGUCGCCAUUCUUGACAUCAACCGCCUGGGCCAGAGUGACCCUGCCCCGCUGCAGCACCAGAUGGACGUCUACCAGAAGCGCUGCGAGGCCUUCGGUUGGAACGCUAUCAUCGUAGAUGGACACAGCGUGGAGGAACUGUGCAAGGCCUUCGGGCAGGUGAAGAACCAGCCAACAGCCAUCAUCGCCAAGACCUUCAAGGGCCGAGGCAUCACAGGGAUAGAAGAUAAGGAGUCUUGGCAUGGGAAACCCCUCCCCAAAAAUAUGGCUGAUCAGAUCAUCCAGGAAAUCUACGGUCAGAUCCAGAGCAAGAAGAAGAUCCUGGCGACACCCCCACAAGAGGACGCCCCCUCAGUGGACAUCACCAACAUCCGAAUGCCCACUCCACCCAGCUACAAAGUUGGGGACAAGAUAGCUACCCGCAAGGCCUACGGACAGGCCCUGGCCAAGCUGGGCCAUGCCAGUGACUGCAUCAUCGCCCUGGAUGGGGACACCAAGAACUCCACCUUCUCAGAACUCUUCAAAAAGGAGCACCCGGACCGUUUCAUUGAGUGUUACAUUGCUGAGCAGAACAUGGUGAGCAUUGCUGUGGGCUGUGCCACCCGCGACAGGACAGUGCCCUUCUGCAGCACCUUUGCAGCCUUCUUUACACGGGCCUUUGACCAGAUUCGCAUGGCAGCCAUCUCCGAAAGCAACAUCAACCUCUGCGGUUCCCACUGCGGCGUGUCCAUCGGAGAAGACGGGCCCUCCCAGAUGGCCCUGGAAGAUCUGGCCAUGUUUCGGUCUAUCCCCAUGUCAACUGUCUUUUACCCAAGUGAUGGGGUGGCUACGGAGAAGGCAGUAGAAUUAGCAGCCAAUACAAAGGGUAUCUGCUUCAUCCGAACCAGCCGCCCAGAAAAUGCCAUCAUCUACAACAACAAUGAAGAUUUCCAAAUCGGACAAGCCAAGGUGAUCCUGAAGACCAAGGAUGACCAGGUGACUGUGAUUGGUGCUGGGGUGACCCUGCACGAGGCUUUGGCAGCUGCUGACCUGCUAAAGAGAGAGAAGAUCAACAUUCGCGUGUUGGACCCUUUCACCAUCAAGCCCCUGGAUAAGAAGCUCAUUCUUGACAGUGCCCGUGCUACCAAGGGCAGGAUCCUCACUGUGGAGGACCACUACUAUGAAGGUGGCAUAGGUGAGGCAGUGGCCUCCGCGGUCGUGGGAGAACCUGGCGUCACUGUCACCCGCCUGGCGGUCAGCCAGGUGCCGAGAAGCGGGAAACCGGCGGAGCUGCUGAAGAUGUUCGGCAUUGACAGGGACGCCAUCGCACAGGCCGUGCGGGGCCUGGUGACCAGGGCCUAGGGAGAGCGUGGGGUAUGGGGUGGGAGUGAGUUCUACACAUUCCUGAGAUCCUGGCCAAGGUGCUCAAAAGAUGUACUGAGAGGAGUCAUAAAAUAUAUGUUUUGAGAAAAAUGAA